GGAACAAAACGACCUCACACCCCCCCCUCACCCGAGAAAGCCUCCGUUAGUACAUGGCAAAAUGAGCACCCAAAGCCCGCACCAAGCCCUCUUGGGCUUCUUUCUCCUCUCCCUUCCCCUCUUCUCCCUCUCCCAAUCCUCCCCCCCCUUGCCCCCAAUAAACCCGAGACUAGAGAAGGCCUACAUCGCCCUGCAAGCCUGGAAGCACGCCAUCACCUCCGACCCCAAGAACUUCACCCUCGACUGGUGCGGCCCAUACGUGUGCAACUACACCGGCGUCUACUGCGCGCCGGCCCCCGACGAUCCCCACGUGCUGACCGUCGCCGGCAUCGACCUCAACCAUGCCAGGAUCGCCGGCACCCUCCCCGAGGACCUCGGCCUCCUCACCGACCUCGGUCUCUUCCACAUCAACUCCAACCGCUUCGAGGGCACCCUCCCUUCCUCCUUCGACCAGCUGAAGCGCCUCUACGAGCUCGACGUCAGCAACAACCUCCUCGAGGGCCCCUUCCCCUCCGUCGCCCUUCGUCUCCCUACCCUCAAGUACCUCGACAUCCGUUACAACAACUUCCAUGGCGAGGUCCCCUCGGAGGUCUUCGACCUCACCCUCGACGCCUUCUUCAUCAACAGCAACCAGUUCCGCUUCACCUUGCCCGACAACAUCGGCAACUCCACCGUCUCCGUCCUGGUCGCGGCCAACAACCCACUUACCGGCUGUCUGCCCAAGACCUUAGCCAACAUGGCCAAGACGCUGAACCAGAUCAUCCUCAUGAACAGCAGCAUCACGUCUUGCAUACCGCCGGAGAUCGGGAAGCUGGACAAGCUCACGGUGUUCGACGUCAGCUUCAACAACCUCGUCGGGCCGUUGCCGGAGAGCAUCGGAGACAUGAAGAAAUUGGAGCAGCUGGACGUGGCUCAUAACAAGCUCUCUGGGUUCAUUCCGGAGACCAUCUGUGCGCUGCCGAGGCUGAAGAACUUCACAUACUCUUAUAACUACUUCUGCGGCGUGCCGGAGCAGUGCACUAAGAUUAAGAGGAGGGAUGACAAGAAGAACUGCAUACCGGAUUGGCCGAAGCAGAGGUCGGAGGAGGAGUGCCAUGCAUUCUUGUCCAAGCCUGUGUAUUGUGAUGCUAAUGGGUGCAUAGCGCCGCCGCCGCCGCCGCCGCCGCCUCCGCCUCCUCCUCCUCCGCCGCCACAUGAUCAUUACUGAGAUGAACUGGUUAUUGUUAAAAAAAUAUGCUCAACGUUUCGUUUCAAGUUGUACUUAAUUUUCGACAUUAAGCUCAUGAUGACAGAGACUAUAAUUAGAUUGCUGGAUGAAAUAAGGAGGGAGAUCUAAUGUUUGAGUCCUUUGGUGUAUAAAAUCCUUCUUGGUCUUCCUCUUCUAUAUGAUUGUAAUUGCUCAUUUCAAGUAAAAAUGAAUGAUCCCAAUCUGUGACAGAAUCAGAU